AACCGCGGGGCCCCGCCUCCAACGCUGUAUCCAGUUCUCUUGAUACAUCCAUGUUGCCCACGCUGUAACAGCUAUUGCUCUGUCUCGGAUGGGAGACAGUCUGUGUGAGGAGACAGACCUCGACACAACACCUGCAGCAUAAAGACACCCGGCUGGUUGAAGUAUAAUUAACCAUCAUGGUGAACCAGCGAGGGGACGUUAGUUGGCCGUCGUGCAAGAGCGACUCCAGCGGGGCCAGCAACAGCGGCGGGGAGAGCUCCAAGGAGAGCUCCCGGUCCUCCACGCCGGUGCUCGAGGACCGCUCGGACAGGCUGCGGGACAAGAUGCGGAGGAGGAUGGAGUCCGGAGACCGCUGGUUCUCACUGGAGUUCUUUCCUCCCCGCACAGCCAGUGGAGCUGUCAACCUCAUCUCAAGAUUUGACCGUAUGGGCAGCGGAGGGCCUCUGUUCAUUGACAUUACCUGGCACCCAGCAGGGGACCCGGGCUCGGACAAGGAAACCUCAUCUAUGAUGAUUGCCAGCACAGCGGUCAAUUACUGUGGCCUGGAGAGCAUCCUCCACCUGACCUGCUGCAACCAGACCAAAGAGAAGAUUACUGGCUACCUGGCCAAAGCAAAGCAUGUGGGCCUCAAGAACAUCAUGGCACUAAGAGGAGACCCAGUAGGAGCAGACUGGGAGGAAGAGGAGGGAGGCUUCAACUAUGCCACCGACCUUGUUAAACAUAUCCGAUCAGAGUUUGAGGACUACUUUGACAUCUGUGUCGCCGGCUACCCCACAGGCCACCCUGAGGCAGAGAGCUAUGAGGAGGAUCUCAGACACCUAAAGGAGAAGGUGGAUGCUGGAGCAGACUUUGUCAUCACCCAACUGUUCUUCAGGGCAGACACCUUCCUAAAGUUCCUGGAUGACUGCAGGGCAAUUGGUAUCACAUGUCCCAUCCUACCUGGAAUCUUCCCCAUUCAGGGUUACCAGUCUCUGCGUCAGCUUGUCAAGCUGUCGAAGCUCCAGGUACCAGACGAGAUCACCAAAGUCAUCGAGCCCAUCAAAGACAACGAUGCCGCUAUCCGGAACUACGGAAUCCAACAUGCGGUGGAGAUGUGCCGUGUGCUGCUGGACAGUGGCAAAGUACCAGGCCUCCACUUCUACACACUGAAUCGUGAGGUCGCCAUAAUGGAGGUGCUCCGACAGCUGGGCCUGUGGAUAGAGGACCCCAGGCGGCCUCUUCCCUGGGCAGUGAGUGCCCAUCCCAAACGGAAGGUAGAAGAUGUUCGACCCAUCUUCUGGGCGUCCAGGCCCAAGAGCUACAUCUACAGAACCCAGGAGUGGGACGAGUUCCCCAACGGCAGAUGGGGAAAUUCCUCGUCUCCGGCUUUCGGCGAGUUAAAUGACUACUACCUGUUCUACUUGAAGAGCAAGUCAUCCAAAGAUGCACUGCUGCAAAUGUGGGGUGAGGAGCUGAAGAACGAAGAGAGCGUCUACGAGGUCUUCACCUGCUACAUCACAGCCCAACCAAACCGCAGUGGGCAGAAGGUGUUGUGUUUGCCAUGGAACGAUGAGCCUCUGGCCCCGGAGACUAACCUGCUGAAGGACGAGCUGGAGAAAGUGAAUAGACGAGGAGUCCUCACCAUCAACUCCCAGCCCAACAUCAACGGCAAACCCUCCACAGACCCCAUAGCAGGCUGGGGACCUGCAGGAGGCUACGUCUUUCAGAAGGCCUAUCUGGAGUUCUUCACCUCCAGUGAAAACGUGACCGCUCUCCUCAAAGUACUGAAGAAGUACGAGCCCCGUGUCAACUACCACAUUGUUAACGUGCAUGGCCGUAACCUGACCAACGCCCCUGACAUGCAGCCUAACGCUGUGACGUGGGGGAUCUUCCCUGGCAGGGAGAUUGUUCAGCCUACUGUAGUGGACCCGGACAGCUUCAUGUAUUGGAAGGACGAGGCCUUCGCCUUGUGGAUCGAGCAGUGGGCCAAGCUCUACGAAGACGAGUCUCCUUCACGGAUGAUCAUCAAGUAUAUCCACGACAACUACUUCCUGGUCAAUCUGGUGGACAAUGACUUUCCUCUGGAGAGCUGUCUGUGGCAGGUCAUCGAUGAUAUGUUUGAGCUGCUCGACGCGCCUCCAGAGCCUCUGUCCGACGAUGGAACGGUCUCUGAAUAAAAUCAGUCUCGUCAAGCUACUUUUUUUAGGGACAGAAAGAACACUAUGGAACCGUUGAUGUUUUAUGCAUUGUCUAAAAUAAAAAGCUGCUACUUACAAUACAGAGCAUAGCAUAGAGUACCGAAGUGUACUUCACAGUAUUUUUUAUAGAGUUUUUCUAAAUGUUUUUUCUAGCAUUUGAGUGAAUGGAAAGUAGCUUCAUCCUCUGCAGCACUCCCAGCUGAUGAACUACACUUGUUCUCAUACAGGUUUGGGUUUUGACCCGGUCACAUUUUAUAAGUUUCUUUAUGGACAGAUCUCACUGAGAAACAACAAAUAAUAAAAAAAAAAA